AUGAAUGAACAACAAAUAUUUAUUUCGGAACAAUUGGAACUUCAAGUUGAUUCUUUGAACGAGUUGAAAUAUAAAAAAGUCUUUGCUAAUGAAGAAAUUGCCAAGAUUGUUCAAAAACGUACAGAUUACUUGUACUUGUUGGCUUCAUCACUUCCUAAGGAAGAUUUAUUACAUCCAUAUUUAUCACACAUGCUAUUCGAAUUGAAUUUAUUACAAUUAAUUAAAACUAGACUCAAAUUGAAUAAGAAGAAGAAUAAUGAUUUUAAUAUUCACUUACAAUUUCCAUAUAAUCAAUACAAGAUUGGUAUUGCUAAAUUUAGUACACAAAUUUAUCUUAUGAAAUCUUAUAUUGACUUCUGUAUGCAAUAUCAAUUGAAACCAAACUCUGCUUUUGACCAAGUUUUAUCAAAACACUCUAAUCAAGAACAAUUGUGGUUAUUAUACUCUAAAUUUGAAUUUGAAUAUAAUCAAGCUAUUGAUAGUGGUAUUCAAAUUUUAAAGAAUGGUAUCAAGGCAAUUCCACAUACUAGUCAAUACUUACACUUGGAAUUAUUGAAAUUAUACUUGAUUAAAGCGGAAUAUGCUGAAUUUAGAAUGCUUUUCAAUAGUGUAUUAGAAAAUUUAAAUAAUGUAGAAUAUGGAUACUUUUUUGAAAUUAUUAAAUUAUUAAUGUUCUAUUAUAGAGAAGAAUUGACCAAGAAUGAUGAAGAACAAGAUGAUAUGAGCGAUGAUGAAGAACCAACUUCAACUGAAAAACAUGAAUUCUUCACUGAAAUGAUUGAAUUCAUUCUUGAAAAGGUAUUAUUGAAGAAUUAUAGAAAUGAUGAAAAGUGCUUGUACGAAAUUUUCAAGUUCAAACUGACCUAUUUCAAUAAUAAUACUGAUUAUGAAGAGUUAAUCUCCAAUAUGGAGAAUAUUUGCGAUAGAAUUUGUCAUACCAGCAAAAUGUAUCACUAUUACAUGUUAUUAUUAAUUGAUAUUUUUAAUAUUACAAAGAAGGUUGAAUACAUUAAUAGAAUUCACUCAGUCUUUGGAAAGAUGAAUACUUUCAACUUGUUGACCUUUAGGACAAUUUUAAUUUAUUCUAACAUUUUAUUAUCUAUUGAAGAUAACUCUCAACAAGUUGUCAAAGUUUUGAAGCAAUUACACUUGAUUAACUCUAAUCACUCUAGUGACUUUUUCAAGUGCUUACUCUUACUUUUAGAUUUGACUAAAUAUAGCAGAGACUCUAUUGAUUAUUCUGUGAAAUUGGUAAAUGAAAAGAGUGCUGACAAUGAAUUCAAGAUUCAAUUCUAUGAACAAUUAUUUACCAAUAUUUCUAAAUCAGUAUCACAAGAACAACUCCAACAUUUAUAUUUGGAUGGUAUUAAGAAUACAGGAAACUCACACGAAAUCAAAAAGUUAUACUUUAAACAUAUUAUUGAUAAUGUGGCACAAGGCGAUUAUCAAAAAUUGGACAAGUAUGUGAAAUUAAUUCUCUCCCUACCACCAAAUUCCCAUCAAGUUUAUCAAAUGAUGAUUACUUACAUUACCAAACAUUUGACUGGUUUGGAAUCAGCAAGUUGUGGCAAUUAUCACUCACUGUUAGGAUAUUUAUAUGAACAACAAAUGGUUGAAAAUAGACAUGAUUGGAAAGUUUACAUUCAAUAUAUGCAAUAUUUAAAGAAACAAAAUCGUUUGAAGAAUAUUUCAUCAGUUUACCAAAAGGCUGUUAAUGCCUUGUCUGGUAAAUCAGAAGAAUUAUCAGCUUUUGUUCAACAUUAUGAUAAAUAUGUUAAAUAA